UCACAAUGAUGUCCUUUUAUUUUAUUAAAUUCUAAAAUUUUCCGUUUGUGUUAGCUAUUUCUGACUGGAUAUCAUAUCUCAAGUCAGAUGAAUACGUAAACUUCCUUUGGUUGAGGUCUGGAGGCUCAAUUGUUAACUAUUUGUUAUUGAUGGCUAUUAUCUUUUUUAUCAGGGUCAUUAAUGUAGGAGUAUUUAUUUUAAUAAGAUGGACAGAGAACUUGAAGAACCAAAAGUGUAACAUUAUUAUCUAUAAGCUGUUUAAGUUCUUCACAUUUAACAUCUGCAUCAGACUUUUCAUUCAAUAGUGUUCAUUCACAACUUUGUCAAUUUUCUCUGAGCUUUAUAACUCCAAUGCUUCA